UGUUUCGCUGUGUUGUUCGCGCGAUGUUAACAACAACAAGAAUAGUAAAGUCGAUGCCAUAUAGAUUUUCGAAAAUGAAAUACUUCGUUUGUUGUUGCGCGUUUAUUUUUCUGUUGAGCAGCGUUAUUGCAUCAGCAGCAAAACAAUCGACAGGUACAAACGCCGACUCAGCAGAAGUUGUGAGCAGUGCCGAAGAAAAAACGGAUUGCACAGACCUUGCCCGCGACGAGGAGGCAUUGAUGGUAUUCUCCACGCUGGGUGGCGGGCUAACAGCAAUCGAUCCGAUAACCAGCGAAAUACGCUGGACAAUAGCAGAUGAUCCGCCUAUUGUAGCGGAACCUCAGCAAAAUGUCCAGGUGCCACAUUAUCUGCCUGAUCCUAGAGAUGGCAGCAUCUAUCAGCUUGGACAAAUGGGCAGUCUGAAGAAGCUGCCUUAUACUAUACCGCAGUUGGUGGCCAAUGCACCGUGUCGCUCAUCCGAUGGCAUUCUGUACUCGGGCAAGAAGAGUGACACUUGGUACAUGGUCGAUCCGAAGACGGGCAGGCGUGAGAAGGUUAUGGGCUUUGGCGACCCUCAAAUGGAUGGCAGUGACGCCGAGCAGAUUGGCUGGGCCACAUCGCGCGCCAUUUACCUGGGACGCACACAGUACACCGUCAUGAUGUACGACAGCCAGGCCAAGGAUAAGAAUGCCAAGCCCUGGAACAUUACCUUUUAUGACUACAAUGCGCUCAGCACGCCACCAGAGCUGACCAAGGAAUAUGAAUACAUUCACUUGACUACCACUAGCAAUGGCCAAAUUGUUACCCUCGAUCGGAAGCAGGGCAAAUUUUUAUGGCAACGUGAUCUGAAAAGUCCCGUUGUAGCUGCUUUUCUGCUGGGUCCCGAUGGGCUGCUCAGUGUGCCCUUUACGACGGUCUCCGAUGAGGCUUAUGACGCCAUUCUGGAAGAAUCGAAGACGGGCAAUGUAAACACAGUUAAACUAUUUCAAUCUUUGUACGUUGGCGAACAUCAGCGUGGCCUCUAUGCUCUGCCGUCGUUGGUAAAUAAGAAUACGCCACGCAUAUCUGCGACGCCGCCCAUCAAAUUGCUUGAUGGACCAGCUGUGGAGUUAGACAAUAAAAAGGGUAAUGAUCCACGCACCGUUUACAUCAACGAUGUGCUGCAAGAAAAUCCUGGCAUUAUGCUGGGACACUACAACAUGCCCAAUGAGGUCAACCAGGGCAAUUUGCACUUAUCGCCAACUCCCUCGGCUAGCAAAGAUGUGCACAGCUUGGCCACCAUACAUAACUAUAACGAUGGCUACGGCCUGCUAGCCAAUAAUGAAAAGAAUGCUGCGGAUAUUGGAGUGCAAACAGAUCCGAACUUGGUUGAGAUUAGCAUGGACUCGGCGCGCUCGAACACCAUCAAUCGUACCAAGACCAUCAUUUUGGCCAACAGCAACAAGGUGCAGGCGUUUAUUAACGAAUGGUUCAUGGAUCAUCCCAGUGGCAAGGUGCACCAAAUACUGAUUGUAAUUGUCCUAGGCAUGGUUGCGCUCUUCUGGUACACAUGCAGCACCAUGCGUGAGCUGCAGAAGCAAAGCGAGAAUGGAUCCAAGACAAUGGCCCAGCAGGCUGGGAAUAACAGCAACAAUGGCAGCACGGGAAGCAACGGCAGCAACAUCAGUACUCAAGAUUUACUUGAUCUGGGCAAUGGAUAUGUGCGUGUCGGCAAGAUAAGCUUCAAUUCUAAUGAAGUCUUGGGCAAAGGUUGCGAGGGUACCUUUGUCUUUAAGGGCAGCUUCGAGGAGCGUUUCGUGGCUGUGAAGCGUUUGCUCCCGGAGUGCUUCACUUUUGCUGAUCGCGAGGUGGCCUUGCUACGCGAAUCGGAUGCGCACGAGAAUGUGGUGCGUUACUUUUGCACAGAACAGGAUCGUCAGUUUCGGUAUAUAGCCGUGGAGCUUUGUAACGCCACCCUGCAGGAUUACACCGAGGGCGAUCGUGCUAUCGAACUGCGCCAGCAUAUUGAUAUUUGGCAAGUUCUCGUUCAAGCAGCUGCUGGACUGAGUCAUCUACAUUCACUAGAUAUCGUUCAUCGCGAUAUAAAACCACAGAACGUACUGUUGUCGCUGCCCGAUCCUAAGGGCAAAGUGCGCGUUAUGAUUUCGGACUUUGGACUGUGCAAGAAACUCAACUUUGGACGCACCAGUUUUUCGCGUCGCUCAGGCGUUACGGGCACCGAUGGCUGGAUAGCCCCAGAGAUGAUGCGUGCUCAGCGAACCACCACGGCGGUGGACAUUUUCUCGCUGGGCUGUGUCUACUACUAUGUGUUGACCGGUGGACAUCAUGCCUUUGGCGACACUCUCAAGCGUCAGGCAAAUAUACUGUCGCACGAAUAUAACUUGUCCAAGCUGCGCGCUGAAGAUGACGCUGAGCAUAGCAAAAUUGUACUGGCGGAACAGCUUAUAUCAGAUAUGAUACAUAAGGAUCCUCAAGCGCGACCGCCGGCGCGCUGCAUUGGCAAUCAUCCACUCUUCUGGGAUGAGCCAAAGAUGCUCAGCUUUCUGCAGGAUGUUAGCGAUCGUGUGGAGAAGCUUCAAUUUCAUACCGAGCCACUCAAAUCGUUGGAGAAGAAUGGACGUAUUGUUGUUCUGGACGAUUGGAACAUGCAUUUGGAUCCAUUGAUAACAGAUGACUUGAGAAAAUAUCGAGGAUACAUGGGCGCCAGUGUGCGAGACUUAUUGCGCGCUCUGCGUAAUAAAAAACAUCACUACCACGAGCUGACGCUCGAGGCACAGCAGCUGCUUGGCUGUAUACCACACGAGUUCACUAACUACUGGGUGGAACGCUUUCCGCAGCUCAUCUCGCAUGCUUAUCAUGCAUUCAGUAUUUGCUCGAAUGAGCCCAUCUUUAAGCCCUACUACAGCGUCGGUUACCACUUUUCGCGUCCCUGGUACUUUGAUGCCGACGAUGCAAUGUUUCCCAUGCUAAUGCGUGAUCCCAAACCGCUGCCCAAAGUAGGUAGUCCCAAAAAAACGCCGCCCGCGCCACAAUCAUCUCUAAACCAGCAGCAGAUUAAGCAACGUAAGGGUGCUUACAACUUUCGUAAAAUACCAAAUGAGGAGAUGAUGCCCGGUGUGGGACUGCAACGCAAUCUAGAGACGGAUCCGCAGCCACUCGACGCAGAUAUUGGCAAGCGCGAUGUUUACGCCAAUUUCAAGUUUAGACGUUCCAAGGCAAGUAAUAGAAAUUAUGCAGCAGGGACCAAGGAGCAGGAGAAGGAAAAGUUUGUUAGCUGGACACUACCGUCGACUACGACGGAUUAGAAUUAAAACAAAGCACUUGACUAGAUAAACUUUUAUUAUAUUUAGUAAUAUUGAUUUUAGUAUAAUUAGUAAUAAUUAUUAUUAUUUAAUUGUGCAAUGCGACUAUUCCAAAACAAUUUCCCGAUUUCAUUUUAGAUUUCUUAUAACCAAAUCAAUGAAAAUCGUACUGAUUC